AUGACCCUACUGAGGAUCAUGUUUGAUGGUAAUGUAGAGAAGGAACCAAAUGGAGAAAGAGGCAAUGCAUUUGAGAAAUGUGUUAUGAAUGAUGGGGAUUCAUCUAAGGAAGAAUUACUAACCCCUGAAGGAUAUAGUGAGGAGGGUAAUGAGAAGCCAAAGUACCUUGAAUUUAGGCUUGAGGUUGAUAUGGCUAAGUUUGAAUUUAAAAUUGGAAUGUUGUUUAAUAAUGCCAUUGAAUUUAGAGAUACUAUGAGGAAAUAUACAGUGAAAAGGGGUUAUGAUGUCAAAUUCAUAGAAAGUGAGACAUGGAAGGUUCAAAUCAACUGUAGUGAUGGGUGUGAGUGGAGGUUUUAUGGCUCUAAGAUGAGUAAAGAGAACACAUUGCAGAUUAAGACAUAUAAACCUACACAUACUUGCAACAGAAGUUACAAGAACAGACAAGUAACUAGUGCAUUUUUAGUAUCUAAAUAUGUGAAUAAAUUCAGGACCACCCCUACCUGGAAAAUAAAUGAGUUUAAGGACACUAUGAAAGAUGAUUGUGUUGUAGAAGUACCCAAAAUGAAAUGUUACAGAGCUAGGAAACAAGCAUUGGUGCAACUUGAGGGAACAAAUGCUAAACAAUAUACAAAAUUGUGGGAUUAUGCUGCUGAGUUGAUAAGGACCAAUCCAGGUUCAAGAGUUGACAUCAAUAUAUGGAGGCCUCAACUUGAAAUUAAGCCUGGGUUCCAAAGAAUGUUUGUGUGCCUUAAUGGAAUCAAAAAAGGGUUUUUAGUUGGUGUAAGGCCAUUGAUUGGCUUGGAUGCUUGUCAUUUGAAAGGACCUUGUCAAGGACAAUUGUUUGCAGCUGUGGGAUGGGAUGGAGGGACUGGUUCUAACUCUUGA